AUGCACACGAACGGAUUUGAGAGUCAGAUAGCCGAUAUUAACCUACAUGAAUGGGGUCGAAAAGAAAUAAAAUUAGCAGAAACAGAGAUGCCAGGUAAUAUUUCAAUGUAAUUUCAAUAAAAAUUAGGCUUAAUGGCUUUAAGAACCAUGUUUGGUCCACAAAAGGUACUCAAAGGAGCAAAGAUAUCCGGAUGUUUAAGUGUGACUCUUCAAACAGCCGUUCUUAUCGAAACAUUAAAAGAAUUAGGAGCAGAGAUUCGAUGGGCUAGUUGCAAUAAUUUCUCCACUCAUGACCAUGCAGCAGCUGCAUUGGUUCACUCCAAAAGUGCUAAUAUAUUUGCAUGGAAUGGUGAAACUACAGAGGAAUAUUGGAAUUGCAAUUAAAAAAUUUUUGAAUGGCCAGAUUGUGAUGGUCCAGAUCUUUUAAUAGAUGAUGGCAGUGAUUGUACAAUCCUUAUUCACAAUGGAAUCAAAUACGAACAAGAAUUUGCCAAGACUGGAGCUUUUACUAAUCCAGAUGAAUUUGAAAACAGAGAAUUUGAAGUAAUGACCAAAAUGAUAAUAAAGGGUCUCAGAGAGUGUGGGGAUAAGUGGACAAAAAUAGGCAACAGGCUCAUUGGGAUUGCUGAAGAAACAACUUGCGGUAUUCAUAGAUUGCAAAAAAUGUCCAAAAGAGGAGAACUAUUAGUUAGAGCGAUUAAUGUUAAUGAUUCUGUAACAAAAACAAAAUUUGAUAAUAUGUAUGGCUGCAGGCAGUCUCUUAUUGAUGGUAUUAUGAGAGCAACUGGCAUAAUGAUUUCUGGAAAAAAGGUUGUAAUAUGUGGAUAUGGAGAUGUUGGUAAGGGAUGCGCCUAAAUAAUGAGAGCAUUUGGAGCUCGAGUUGUUGUAACUGAAUGUGAUCCAAUUUGUGCACUCCAAGCUUGUUUGGAAGGACACGAAGUUAAGAGGUUAGAGACUGUUGUGAGAGAGGCUGAUAUCUUCAUAACUGCUUCAGGUAACAGGAAAGUUAUCACAACACAUCAUAUGGAACAAAUGAAAAAUAAUGUAAUCUUAGGAAAUAUUGGCUCUUUCGAUGAUGAAAUUGAUGUUGAUGGCAUUAAAAAAUACCCAGGUAUCUUCAAAGAAAACAUUAAGCCUUUAGUAGAUAGAUAUAAAUUCCCAUAAGGCCAUUCAGUUAUUGUUCUUGCCGAAGGAACUUGUUUUAAUAUGGCAUGUGCAAAUGGUAAUCCAUCAUUUGUCAUGUCAAAUUCAUUUGCUAACUAAGUUCUAGCUAUGAUUGAAUUAUGGACAUCCAGGAAUGAAACUAAAUAUGAAAAAGGAAAAAUUUAUGUCCUCCCUAAGAAACUAGAUGAAAUGGUUGCUAGACUUCAUUUGCAUGCAUUAGAUGCUGAACUUACUGAACUAACUCAAGAAUAAGCUGAUUACAUCAAUUGUUAGGUAAAUGGUCCAUACAAGUCAUUAUCAUACAGGUAUUGA